GAAUAAACGGCACAGCUGACAACGAGAGCGCCGCGUUCGCUCGCGCCUGUGUCGUGCACAGCUGAUCUGACAGAACAACGAGCGAAUUCGGGUUAGAUGCGUGCGAGUGAAUCAACGAAAGCCGUUUCUCUGUUUUUCGCCCUCGACCGUACGCGGAUAUUUAUGUGGAUCGACGGAAGAGACGUUUUCUCGUACGACCCGAAUUAAAAAAAUCAGGAGGAUGAUGUCACGUUGUUUAAACGAUGCGUCGCAUGCGCCAAAUCGUGCAGCUGCGAUUUUCGCACAGUGAACGUUUCGGAAUUCAAUUUACGCGCGUCUUCCGCUCGAACACGGCGUACCCGGGGAAAUAGUUCAGGUUGGAUCAGUUCAUCGUUUGUCUAUAACUUGUCGUCUUGAACCGAUAAUACACAGGACUCAGUACUUUCACAGGACAAUGAAAGCUCUUGUGUGUCUGCUUGGAAAACUUCUACUUCUUGAGUAAUUCUUGAUAUUGCUGCAACAAAAUGAAUAAUCUCUCUGGACAGUUCCGCAAGACAACAUGGGACCCUAUUCUCAUAAUCUCCCAGAUAGUGGCUGUGCAAACCGUCAUGUAUUUUUGCCUCGGAUUUUGGAUCUGGAUUAUAGCGUCGAUGCUAGGCUCAACAAAAUCCCUAGAUUACGCCUUUCAGUACAAGGAGAUACACGUUCGUGACUUUGAAGGGCGAUCGGUCAUCGUAAUUUUUGUCUUCAAUGCGCUUGUGGGCGCAUUGGCAUUAUGGUGGCUAGUGCAAAGAACAAAACAGUGCAUGGACUUUGCGUGUACCGCCCAUCUGAUUCAUCUGAUCUGUUGUUGGGUAUACAAUGGAAUCUUUCCAACAUCUUUCAGCUGGUGGUGUUUAAAUAUCGUGUCGUUAAGUAUAAUGUGUGUCUGUGGGGAGUUUCUUUGUAUGAGAACAGAACUACAGGCGAUACCAUUAGGUAUGAACAGUCAAAAAACAGCCUUAUGAGACAUGGAUACGAAUAACGUUUUCUGAGAUAAAGAAAUAUGAAACAAAAAUAAAAUCUUUUUCAGCAAA